AACGCACUUCCUUCGUAUUUUAUUAUCUCUUUUAGGGAUCGUUUUUCAAACAAAUUUUGCCUUGCCAUAAGCAAUACAACCAUGGCAAGGAUCUCUCUGUUGUUCUCUUUAGCCUUUGUUCUAGCCCUCGGCUCAUUGUUCCUUUCUGUUUCCGGUCACGCUCCUCCCGUGACACCGCGAAAACCGGCAUGUCCAAAAACCGUAUCUGAGAUCCAGACCUUACCUUUUGCCGAAAUCACUGAGAUCCUAAACCGGAAAGAGCGGUUUGCCCCGCAAACCCCUGAGUUCGAGGUAAUGUUCUCAAUGUGCAAAGGCUACGUGGCAUACCUUGAGAGCCUCUACAAGUUUGAGAAUCCCAUUGUAGAUGUUUUAGGAAUAGCCAAGGCCAGAUACGCCCUAAUGACCAAGGCAAUUCUUGCUGCACAAGCUAGUGUUAGCGGUAAGGUCAAUAAGAAAACUUCUUUGAAGCUAAAGAAAACCUAUGCUGAUUUGACAAAAGGGUUUCUCCAGAUUAAAGAAACGAUUGUCAAGAUAUCAGCCAAACAUGAAUACAAGGCUGAUGCUAAGAUCACGGCUCACGAAGCGAAAAAGCUCAAUCACGCUAUGAUAAAUUUCAAGAAUUCGAUUAAUGUUUUCAUGAAUGUGGUUAACAAUCUUGAGAAGAAGAAGAUGAAGAAAAUAGGUCUUCACGCAAGAGCACUUGGAGAAAGACGUGAAAAAGUACGAAAUGCUUUCAAAAGUUUUUUCAAUAAGUUUGGUGGUUAUCUAGGAGGUAAAACUCAUGGAAGAGAACUAACAGAAGCUAAAUACAACGCUAAUUCUCAUGUUGGUGCUGACGUCAAAGGAUUUGAAUCCAUUUUAGAUAAAUUUUCUGGCUUCUUUAAUGGUUAUCUCGGAGGUCAAACUCACCGAAGAGAACUCUUUAACCAACUACCAGGCGUAGAGCAAGCCGAUGAAAAAAUUGCUAUCCAUGCUUCUUUGGCACAAAAAGUUCGCGGAAGAAGAGGUCGCGGAAGGGAACUCUAUAUCGUAGAUCGUCCGGCCAGAGGCAAUGCCAAAGCUCCGACCGGUGAAAUAUCCGAAGAGUUUUCCCAAAGCAACUUUGAUAAAUUUUUUGGUGAUUUUUUCGGAGAUAAAAUGCGCGGUAAAGCUCACAAAAGAGAACUCUAUUUCGUAGAUUCUGCCAGAAUCAAGGCCGAAGCUCCGGCUGGAAUCAAUGCCGCAGCUCCUACUAGUGAAAUAGAGAACGAAUUGUCCCAAAGCGUUUUCGAUAAAUAUUUAGGUCAGUUUUUCGGAGAUAAAAUUCGCGGUAAAGCGCAAAGAAGAGAACUAUAUGCUCAAUCUCCGUUAUUUAAAGAUUUCUUCAAUGUUGGAUUUGGAGGUAAAGCUCAAUAUGAUGCCGCGGGGAAGAUGAAAGUCGCCGGACAAGAUGGAUUCAGGGCACUGAAGAGGCCACAUUACAAACAUUUUGCUUCGACGAAGGCAUAAUUUUAUGCAUUUUUUCACAACAGAGGAAGGAAGCCAUGAGUUCAUCUUUAUUAAAAUUAUGUGUUUGUUUUUCAAUAAAAUACGAAGGAAGGGAAUUGCCUUGCGAUAUUUAUCUAUAUGUAACUUUGUAAAAGUUGCAGUAUUUUUAAUUAAUAACAUUCUUAUCG